UAGGAACAAGCACCUAGACGACAGGAAAGCAUUUCUGAAGGAGAACUCCAUCUGUUAUCGAUGCUGUGCUUCUACUAGACACCUUGCAAAGGACUGCAAAUUGUCUGUCAAAUGCAGAGAAUGUGACAGCGAUAGACAUAUCUCCGCACUCCAUCCUGGUCCUGCCCCCUGGUCAGCUGAAGAGACCAAAUGUGAACCAGAACAAAACAGAGUGGAGAAGAAUGACAUGCCCUUUAAUGUCACCUCAAAAUGCACCGAGUGGCUGACAAGAUCCCGCCUCCUGAUCCCAGCGCUCAGAUCCUCCUACUCCUGGGGAGAGACGUCUUAAGUGUGCACAAGGUACGUGAGCAGCAUAAUGGCCCCAACAACACACCAUACGCACAAUGCUUAGACUUGGGCUGGGUCAUUGUAAGAGAGAUCUGCCUGGAUGGAGCUCACCAGCCUACUGAUGUUAAUGUCUACAAAACAAACAUACUCCCAAACGGCAGAGCCUCAUACUUCACAUCAUGCCCCAAAAGCAUCCAUGUCAAAGAGCAGGCAAGUUCUCAAUCUCUCCAGUACUUACCCGCAAAAGGCUUCAGCGCUGACACAAACUGUAUUGGAGACGGUGUUUUCUUCAGGACGGCAGACGAUGAAAAAACAGCCCUGUCAAUUGAGGAUAAACUCUUUUUGGAUUUAAUGGAAAAAGAAGUGUAUCUCGCUGAAGACAACCACUGGGUGGCGCCAUUGCCUUUUCGCUCACCACGAAUCCGGCUUCCUGACAACAAAGAACAAGCAAAACAUAGGCUAAACUCAUUACAGCGCACCUUUCAAAAGAAACCAGGAAUGAAAGAACAUUUCUUUGACUUCAUGCAAAAGGUCAUUGAAAAUCAGCAAGCAGAACCCGCUCCACCUCUGAAACCAGGUGAGGAAUGUUGGUAUUUGCCAAUAUUUGGCGUCUACCAUCCCCAAAAGCCCGACAAAAUAAGAGUGGUGUUCGACUCAAGUGCCCAGUACAGUAACAUCUCACUCAAUGACGUUCUGAUGACGGGGCCCGACCUCAACAACACAUUAAUAGGUGUCUUGCUGCGUUUUCGAAAAGAAAGGAUUGCCAUCACAGCGGACAUCGAGCAAAUGUUUUACUGUUUCAAGGUAAAGGAAGAUCACCGCAACUAUCUUCGCUUCCUGUGGCACAAAGAAAACUGCCCUGAAGAGGAGAUAAUUGAUUACCGGAUGACUGUACAUGUCUUUGGAAACAGUCCGUCACCAGCUGUUGCCAUAUAUGGACUGAGACGCACAGCAGAGCAUGGCGAAGCAGAGCAUGGCACUGACGCUAAAGAAUUUGUGCUCCACAACUUUUAUGUCGACGACGACAUCACAUCUGUUCCCAGUGAGGAGGAAGCUGUUGACCUCUUAAAACGCACACAGGAAAUGCUGGCAGAGGCUAACCUGAGACUCCACAAGAUGGCCUCAAACAGCGCCACAGUCAUGGAGGCCUUUCCACCAGAGGACAGAGCGAAGGAUCUCAAAGACUUGGAUUUUAACGCUGAUCCACUGCCUCUCCAACACAGUCUUGGUGUAAGCUGGAACCUUAAAAACGACUGUUUCACAUUCAAAGUGUCAAGAGAGGUCAAACCAUUCACACGAAGAGGAGCACUGGCCACUGUCAAUAGUCUGUAUGACCCCUUGGGGUUCGUCUCUCCCGUCACUAUGCACGGAAAAGCCUUAGUGAGAGAAUUCACAUCAAUGCAGCAAGAAUGGGACACGCCUCUCCCAGCAGAAAAAAGGGCACAAUGGGAAGCAUGGACUACAUCUCUUACUGACCUUGAACACCUACAUAUCCCAAGACAGUAUGUUCCAGUCACUCUCUCGCAGGCUCAUUCUAAGGAGCUCUGCGUCUUUUCAGACGCGUCUGUUCUGGCCAUAGCUGCUGUUGCAUAUCUGAGAGUCAUAGACUCAGACGGACAAUAUCAUGUGGGCUUUGUGAUGAGCAAAUCUAAGCUGGCUCCAUUUCCUGCUCACACCAUCCCACGGCUGGAGCUGUGUGCCUCAGUGCUCGCUGUUGAACUCAUGGAGCUAAUAGAGGAAGAGUUGGACACAGGGCUGCAGGUCAAGUUCUACACAGACAGCCGUGUAGUACUCGGCUACAUUCACAAUACCACAAGGAGAUUUCACAUGUAUGUGGCCAACAGAGUAACACGCAUAAGAAAAUCAACCACACCGAGCCAGUGGCAGUACGUUCGAACUGACCUGAACCCAGCUGAUCACGCCACCAGGAUUAUGCCGCCAGCUCAACUGCACCUCACCAACUGGUUCACCGGUCCUAAGUUCCUCACACAGCCAGGCGCUCCAGAAGACACAGAGGCAGAGUGUUUUCAGCUUGUAAACCCGGACCUGGACCUUGAAAUCCGAACUCAGGUGACUACACUGGCAACCUCAAUUGCAAAUCACACUCUGGGCUCAGACAGAUUCCAGCGUUUUUCAAGCUGGAAAUGUCUUGUGAAAGCUGUUGUUGUACUUACCCAUGUCGCAAAGUCAUUCUCUCAAUCAUCACGCACAGAGACCUGUAGAAAAUGGCAUUACUGCACAAAACCUUGCACAUCUGAGCACACACAAGCAAAAUCUACAGUUAUUAAAGCUGUGCAACAAGAUGUGUACGAAGACGAGUUCAAGAGCCUAACACAGGAUGGGAAAGUGUCACAACAUAGCUCACUCAAACAACUUGACCCCUUUAUCGACGAUGAAGGACUGCUGAGAGUUGGUGGGCGUGUGCACAAAGCUGACCUCUCUGACCAAGAAAAGCAUCCUUUAGUCAUACCACCAAAUCAUCACGUAGCUACGCUGCUCGUUCAACAUUACCAUAGCCAUGUAGCCCACCAAGGCCGCCAUUUCACUGCGGGCGCAGUACGCACAGCAGGACUGUGGGUUGUAGGUGCCAAAAAGCUCAUAUCAAGUGUCAUCCACAGAUGUGUCAUGUGCAGGAAACUGAGAGGGAGACUGGAAAAUCAGAAAAUGUCAGAUCUUCCUGCAGACAGGUUGUCUGUAGAUCCCCCAUUCACACAAAAGGGCUGGAUGUGUUUGGUCCAUGGAGUGUUGUGGCACGUCGAACAAGAGGGAGUAGUGUUGAAAACAAAAGAUGGUCUGUCGUAUUUAGCUGUUUAAGCACCAGAGCAGUUCACCUGGAGCUGAUAGA